AGCGCGACAGCGUCACGGGCGCCGCCUGCAGAUGGGGGAACGGAAUUGUGCAGUAGACGCCAACGCCAGGCCAAACUUGGAGGUGGCGGCCAACUCAGCAGUACCGUCCGAGGCUGCACUGGAGCUUGUGGACAUGGCAGCCACUGGGAGCACUGCAGAGCUGGUGGGGGAUGGUCAUAGGCUUGACGACUCACAUUCACUACCGGAGAACAAGGAACAUGAGGGAGGAAGAAGCUGUGGAUGCUGCUCAAAAUGCAAUGGAUCAGUCUGUGAUCUAACAUCACGAUUAUAUCAGAAAAAUAAAAGACUGCUCAAAAAUGUGCUGCUUUUUUGUUUAAAUGUUGUAUUUAUUGGAUAUUUUGCAUGGGCCCUGGCAUAUUUUCGGACGAAGACAUGUUAUGAAGGUUCAUGUGAUAUGGAUUGGUGCUCUGGUGUAGGAAUGUUGAUAAUAAUUUUUGUGAUUGGCUAUACAAUUGCCAUUUACUAUCCACUUAAAAGGAUACUGAAGAAACAUUUCAGAAAAUAUUUUGAGGGAGAACAUUCACCUCUUAUUCCUUGUUUCACUAAGCAGUGGCAAAGAAGAGCAGUCAGGUGGACAGUGGACAUUGUUCCAAUGGUAGCCUUGCUAAUAUUUGUAUUUGUUGACACAAAAAAUGACAGCAACAGAUUAAUGUCACUGGCAGGCCUUGUUGUCUAUGUAGUGCUUGGUUUCAUAUUCUCCAGACAUCCUGGAAAGAUAGAUUGGCACCCAGUGUUGUGGGGCUUAUACCUACAAUUUGUAUUUGGCUUGAUUACCUUGCGUUGGGAUGUUGGAAGAAAUAUCUUCAAAUGCAUAGGUGAUAAAGUUACUACUUUCCUUCAGUAUUCUUAUGACGGUUCAAUAUUUGUUUAUGGUGACUUCCUUGUUAUUGAGAAAGCAGUAUUUGCUUUUCAGGUUCUUUCUGUUAUAUAUUUCUUCAGCUUCAUGGUAUCAAUUUUUUACCAUCUUGGAGUAAUGCAAUGGAUAGUUCUAAAAUUAGGUUGGCUGUUGCAAUUAAGUAUGGGAACUACUGUCUGUGAGUCCGUAAAUGCUGCCGCUAGCAUAUUUCUUGGUCAGUCUGAGUCUCCACUGCUCAUCAAGCCAUAUAUUAAAGAUCUUACCAAAUCAGAAAUUCAUACUAUCAUGGCAUCUGGAUUUGCAACAGUUGCAGGAACAGUGUUAGCUGCAUAUGUUAGCUUCGGUGUUCAAGCGUCCCAUGUGAUAACAGCAUCUGUUAUGUCAGCCCCUGCUGCUCUGUGCUACUCUAAGCUUUUCUACCCAGAAACAGAAGAAUCCAAGACCAGUAUUAAAAACAUCAAAGUUGACAAAGGGGAAGCAACUGGUGUUUUAGAUGCAGCCACACAGGGAGCAAUGACAGCUACAAGUCUUGUACUUGGUAUCAUUGCAAACAUCAUAGCAUUUGUGGCCUGUGUGGCCUUCUUGGAUGGCAUUAUCUCCUGGCUUGGAGGGCUAGUUGGUCACCCAGAAGUCACUUUCCAGUUCAUUCUCUCAAAAGUAUUUAUUCCAUUUACAUAUGUCAUGGGGGUAGAAGCUGAACAAGUUGAAUAUGUGUCCCAACUGAUAGGCAUAAAGACGCUUGUAAAUGAAUUUGUGGCAUAUCAGAGACUUGGUGAAAUGCUGGACCAGAAUCUUCUCACACCCAGAUCUGAAAUAAUAGCCACAUAUGCACUGUGUGGGUUUUCUAAUCCUAGCUCUGUUGGUAUAAUGAUUGGUGCAUUAUCUGCCUUGGCUCCUAACCGAAGGGCAGCAAUAACAGAAGUAGCAUUCAGAGCACUUAUAGCUGGAUCUGCAGUUUGUUUCAUGACAGCAUGUAUUGCAGGUAUUUUGGUUGAUGAAAAUUCAUAUUAUUUAGAUUCUGGAACAAAUUCUACAAUGUUUUGAGGAGCAGCAAGACACUAUUAUGACUCUCUUUUGAGCACAAUUAAUGGUUGAAACAAUGCUGGACAAAGAUAAUUCAAGAUGGCAGCAGAAUUAAAUUAAAUGUGCAACACUGACUGUCAAAAUUUCUUCACCAUAAGGAGUGACAUUCACAAAAGGACUAUGAAAUUGGGAUACAUAGAGUAUCAUUCUGUCACAAGAUUACUUACUUAAUUUUUUUAAAUUGUACAGUAGUUGUAUUAAAUGUGCACACUGGAUGUACCAGCAACAUAGCUACAUCUGUGUACAACUAAAAUGUGUUCACUGUAAUACCUGCCAAUUAUUGUAAACCAUAUGAUAUUUUUGAAUCCCCUGCAUGCAUAUAGAUGUCCACUGACUGAAAACUUGUUUCAGUUACCUGCCAUUCAUGGUAUUGAUUUUACAUACAAACUCCAAUACAUCAUGCUUUCAGGCAAUAAUAAAAUAAUAUGCACUUCAUCAAAUCACACAUGUUAUUAACAGAGAGCCAACACCACUGCCCAAUACCAAACUAAUAUAUUUCCCAGUAGAAUGGGGAAAUAUUAUGUUUGAAUGUGAUUAGUUGUGUGGUAGGAGAUUACAGAAGUGAAGAAGCCAUACUCAUAUUUCCCUUUUCUAUAUUUAUUGAGAAUUUUAAAUCACCUUUUAAAUAGAAUUCUAACCAGGGUACAGGCUUUCUUCAGUUUGCAGAGUGAGUUGACUAGAGGGAACUAUUAUUACUGUGUUGUAAUUGUUCCCAAGUAUAGGCCACUGUGUCUUCCUACUUUACAAGCUAUAGCAACAAGUCUUCAAAGACUUUGCUAUGCCAACUUUGUUCAUAAUAAAUAUGAUGAGAAUUAUUAAAUGAAUGUCUGAACACUUUUAUGAUCUUAAAAACACUUAUGAGUAAUAGGAAUAGGAUUACUGUAGCAGAGCUCUAAGAGUUUUAUCCCUGUAAAUAAUUAUUACACAGUAUGUCAUUACAUAUAUUAUUGGCUAUCAAUUUUUUAGAUGAGCUUUUUAAAAAUAACUGGUUUCUUGACUAAAAAGUUCCAAAUUCAGUACAGUUUGUAUUCAGAGAUUAACAUAAAAUGUAGAGAUUAAAACUGCUGAGAGAACCAUGUAACACAUAUGUAUGACAGAAAUUAAUCACUGGUGUUCAUGAACAAAAGUUUAGCUGCAAAAUGGUACAAGUUAUAUAAAACAAUGUAUUCCUAUCAGUGAAAUGAUAGCUGUCACAAGAAGCUCUCAUGUAUCAAAUCUCAGAGGAUUAUCUGUUCACAAGUACAAGGUAAAUGCAUAUAUAAUGCUAAAAAGUUUAAUUGAAAAGAUUGUAAAUGUAAAGGAAAAUGUACUAAAGGUUCUGUUAACAGUUCUGAAGGUUAGCUUGUAAUAGAGCUGCAUUUGAUUUGUAUGUGUGUACCUGUGAACAAACUUGUUACUACUUCCUUGAAUGAGGAACAGAAAUUUGACAUAACUUUUUUGCAUAAGAAACCUUUCUUAGAAAUAGUUCAUAAUACAUCUAUUGACACUCACUAUCCUGUCAAAAAGGAGAAAAAUCUGUCAGUUGAAGCCAUAAACUGUGUACUUUUAAUGAUUACUUGUACCUGACUGUCUGUAAAUACAAGCAUUUCAACAAAUGUGAAUGGAUUUCACACAUAAUAAACAUAACUUUAAAGAA